CAAUCCUGUAAUUUCACACUUCUGCAUGCAUAGCCGCAUAUAAUGUGCUCUGCUCCGCCUCCGCUCGCUAGGGUUUUGGUUUCGUCGCCGAGCCGUUGACGUGCGGAGGAGCUAAGGAGAGCCCGGAGCGUCAUGGGGAAGGGCACGGGGAGCUUCGGGAAGCGGAGGAACAAGACGCACACUUUGUGCGUCAGGUGCGGACGCAGGAGCUUCCACAUCCAGAAGAGCACCUGCGCCUCUUGUGGCUACCCCGCGGCUCGGAUCCGCAAGUAUAACUGGAGUGUCAAGGCCAUCAGGAGGAAGACCACGGGCACUGGGAGGAUGAGGUACCUUCGUCAUCUGCCUAGAAGAUUCAAGAGCAACUUCAGAGAAGGAACCCAGGCUGCUUCAAGUAAAAAAGGAGCUGCUGUUGCGGCAAGUUAAGCAUACCAUAUUGGCAGUGAAGGUGCGAAGGAGCAUUUAUCUUGGUUAUCCUUUUCUGAUUGUCUUUCUAAGCUAGUAAGAAGAAGAACAUAUGAUGAUGAUUCAAUGCAACUUUUGAAAUUUAUUUAUCCGAUACUUGAACAAAGUUUUUGGCCUAGAUCUAUAACACUUUCCUGCAUUUUACGCUA